GAGAGAGAGAGGCAGAGACACAGGCAGAGAGAAGCAGGCUCCAUGCACCGGGAGCCUGACGUGGGAUUCGAUCCCGGGUCUCCAGGAUCGCGCCCUGGGCCAAAGGCAGGCGCUAAACCGCUGUGCCACCCAGGGAUCCCCAUAAAUGUUCUUUGAAUUGAGGUUUUUUGUUUUUUAAUGAGCAGAUGUUUUCUGUUUCUGUGUUUGACCUUGUUUUCCUGUGGAUUUUAUCAAACUAGAAUGUUUUGGAUUUGGAGGGCUCCUAACCAUUUUGUAAUUGGGAUUAUUAAGUCUCCUACAUGAUGUGGAAAGAUCAGGAAACCUCAAACUUUAUUUUCCAGCAGUUUGUGAUAACCUCACUUUCUGUUGGCCCAUGUAAAAUGAGGGUGUUACCUAUGUGUGUAUAGGGAUUGAACCAAAUGAUUCCCAGAUGUCCUUUGUGCACUUAGCAUCUAUAACUCUGUUCCCCUGACCACCAGAUGACACAAUUGUGACAGAAGAUAUGGCAGAGGAUAAAAUCCUCAGUUCAGGAGGGCUGGUGAAGGUGAAAAUAUUGAGCAAAAGAAAGUCUGUAAAUAGAACUGGCUUAGGGAAGUUAUUAGGGCAGAUCAUCAGAAAAUGAACUCUUCCAUCUGCUGUACAGUGUGGCAGUUUUCUAAUGCGCUGUUAAUGGCAAUAAUGGAACUGAUCUACAUAAAACAUUUUUGGUAAUGGGGUUUCCUGGGUGGCUCAGUCCAGCUUUAUGAGAGACAGAUAAGGUGGAGGGAGAAGCAGGCUCCCUGCAGAGAACCUGAUGCAGGACUAGAUCCCUGGACCUAACUUGAGCCACACACCCUUUCUAAAAUAAAAGCUUUUAAAAACCUUUGGUAUUGGGUUAGUCUUUAAAAAUAGUUAUUCUCACAAUAGAGUUAAAGACAUUUUCCUGAGUCUCAAUUAGUUUUAAGUUGCUUUCCUGUUUUUUUAUAUAUAUAUAUUUUAAGAUUUUAUUUAUUCACAAGAGACACACAGAGAGAAGAGACAUUGGCAGAAGCAGGCUUCAUGCAGGGAGCCUGAUGGUGGGAUUCGAUCCUGGAUCCCAGGAUCAUGCCCUGAGCAAAAGGCAGACGCUCAACCUCUGAGCCACUCAGGCAUCCCUUAAGUUGCUUUCCUAAAGGGUUAUAGCAGUUGGUACUCUGAAUUAGUGAAAGAAAGUGCUUGUCUGCACUCUUAUCAGCUCUGGUUAUUAUAAUUCAGUCUUUGGUAAUUCUGUGGAAGGAAAUACUGGCAGUUUUUAAAGUUGGCUUCAGCUUCUGGUUUCGUUUCUUUUUUUUUUUUUAUUCAUGAGAGCAGGCAGAAGGAGAAGGAGAAGCAGGCUUCAUGCAGGGAGCUUGACCUGGGACUCGAUCCCAGGUCUCCAGGAUCUCGCCCCGGGCUGAAGGUGGCGCUAAACCGCUGAGCCACCUGGGCUUCCCCUGGUUUCCUUUUCUGCGAUCUGCUGGGGAUCUUAUUUCUCUGACCUCCAGAUUCUGAAGUGCAUUCUAUUCAAGCCCUGCAUCAUAUGGUCAGUGCCCACCUUUCUGACCUAUUUCCAGCUCUAAAGUCUUGUUCACUUAUGCUAGCUUUGCAAUUCCUCAAAUAGGCCAACUAUACACUUCAGCUUUUGUAGGCUUAAGCUUAAAUAGGAUUCCCAUUGUCCUCUAUUUUCAGUCUCAAGUUUUUCCAAGACUGUCUCAACACUAAACUGCUUCCUCUUGCUCUAUCCUUUUUUUCUUUAAAGUACUUAACCAGUGCCAGUAAGUUUCAUUUUGUUGGGGAGUCUUAACUUAUUUUGUUGGGAAUACUUAACUAUUACCUACUCUAUUAGGAAAGGGGGGCCAGCCCAGUUGGCUUAGCAGUCUAGCACCGCCUUCAGCCCGGGGUGUGAUCCUGGGGAUCCGGGAUCAAGUCCCAUAUCAGGCUCCCUGCGUGGAGCCUGCUUCUCCCUCUGCCUGUUUCUCUGCCUGUCUCUGUCUCUCAUGAAUAAAUAAAAUCUUAAAAAAAAAAAAAAAAAACUGAAGGAGGUUACUACUUAGGAACAGUAAGACACUAAGCUAUAUAAAACAAGGUGUAAGGGCAUCAUAGGAUGUAAAAGGACAGCAGAAGGGAGAGAAUUCAUGUUGACAUGGUUCAUGCUUCUGCUCUCUUAUGUCACUGGUUAUUCUUAGUCUCCUGUAUCCUUGACCCUUUGACUUGGUGCUUCCUUGACUUCAGUCUACAGACUUGUGAAAAACAGCAAAUUAAGUUAAGCUGCUCUUGUGCCUGCCUUGUCCCUUUCAUAACUUAAUUUCCUGAUCUCCAAAUCUGGCUUCUGUCCCCACCACUCCUAUGAAACUAUUCUCCUAGGUUACUAACUAGUAAUGUGACUUUGAUUUUUUAUCUCCUUGAUAUUUGACAGUGCCAACAAAUUAUUUUCUGUUCCAGAGGCUUCUGCUGUCAUACUUAAACCAAGUUCUAUUUAUCUCAUCCAUUCACUUUUUUCUGGUCCCUCUCCUUGAUGCCCCACAUCUGUCUCUGUUCUCUACUUUCAGAGUGAUCUAAGCCAAUGGUUCUCAAGUAGGAUUCCCCACCUGGCAUCAACAUUUUGGGGGAACUUCUUAAAAAUGUGUGCCACUACAUCAAAUUCUAGCUCCUAACUGAUCUCAGGUUCACCCACCUGGCUAGUAACCCGGGCGGCCCCUGCGGGGUGGCGGGGGCCCCAGGGCUGCGCAGGCCCAGCUUGAGGAGAGGCAUGGCACGCGCUCGGGGACGGCGGCGGCCCUUCGGGGGCCGGCGGGGAGCGAGUCGAGCGGCGAAGGGGAGCGCACGCCUCCGCGGCCGGCAAUGAUCGUGCGCUUCCUGACCAAGAGAUUCAUUGGCGAUUAUGAACCCAAUACAGGCAAGUUGUACUCACGGCUUGUCUACGUGGAGGGAGACCAGCUGUCCUUGCAGAUCCAGGACACGCCGGGUGGCAUCCAGGUCCAAGACAACCUCACCCAGGUAGUUGAUUCCCUGUCCAAAUGCGUGCAAUGGGCCGAGGGCUUUCUGCUGGUCUACUCCAUCACAGACUAUGACAGCUACCAGUCCAUCCGCCCCCUUUACCAGCAUAUCCGCAAGGUCCACCCCGACUCCAGGGCCCCUGUGAUCAUCGUGGGCAAUAAGGGGGACCUUCUGCAUGCCCGGCAGGUGCAAACGCACGAUGGCAUUCAACUAGCCAACGAGCUGGGCAGCCUGUUCCUUGAAAUUUCCACCAGCGAAAACUAUGAGGACGUCUGUGAUGUGUUUCAACAUCUCUGUAAAGAAGUGAGCAAGCUACACAGCAUCAGCGGGGAGAGGAGGAGAGCCUCCAUCAUUCCCCGGCCACGCUCUCCCAACAUGCAAGACCUCAAGAGGCGCUUCAAGCAGGCUCUAUCUUCCAAAGUCAAGGCCCCCUCUGCAGUGGGGUAAACCCUUCUCACAUAGACUCGGCUCCUUUUCAUUGUGCAUUUGUGCAGCUGAAAAGACUGGGGAUCUCCCUUUUUAAUUGCACAUUCAAAAUUUAUUUUUAUACAAACUAUUGGUUUUCAAGUGUAUGUGUAUUUCUGAAAAUUCAGUGAUUGCCUAGAUGUUGGAUAGAGAUUUUUUUUUAAUAAAAUAAUUUUUUUUUUACUGUAACUGCUAGCCACUUUUCCAUUAAAGGCAAAAUGGC